AUGGCUCGGUCGAGAUCACGUUCACCAAGACGAGAUCGCAUCGACGAUAGGAAGAAAAAGGACAAGAAACGACGAAGACGAGAUGGAUCAAGUGAUACUUCUGAAUCACACAAGCUUGGCAGCAUUCUCCGGGAACGAUCACGACGAAGUCGAAGCGGCAGUCGAGACAGAGAGCGCGACCGCGAUCGAGACCGAUCUGAUAGGGAUAGGGACAGGGAUCGCGAUCGAGACCGCGACCGUGAUCGUGAUCGUGACCGGGAAAAGGACCGUGAUAAGCGAAGACUCGUGUUGUCUUCGGAAAUUGAGCGUGAGCUCACAGGUACUUUUGAUAUCACCAGUAUAUCCACGGAGGCACGAGAAUGGCUUGAAGAAAGAAUUGCCGAACAGGUUCUCGAAAGGGUGAAGAAAUUGGAAGAGGCCAUGACGGAAAGUCAAAAAAGAGCUCGAGCGGAGGUGGAGUCUCGCUUAAGAGCCCAAAUACUUGGCGAAAUGGAAGAGGAAAUGGCUUCCAUACGCAAGCGAGAGGAAGCCUCCAAGGCAAAGUGUGCCGCUCUUGAGAAAGAACUCGAGGAGAAAGUUCGACAGGCCGAUGAGAGUGAAAAAAGGUUCAACGAGGAGCGGCUGGCCAUGCUUGCUGAACGAAGUGCGUUGGAACGUGAACGACAAGAAGUACUUCGAGAAAAGAGUGCACUGCAGAAGAAUGAGCAGCUUGCUAUUAUCAACAAGGGUGGUGCCGUUCGGCCUCCAAUAAAGUUCUCAUUUGGGAAGUGA